UUGACCGCCCGCCGCCCGGCCGCCGCGCGCGUGGUGCAUGGGAAAUGGAGCUCCAACAAUCUCCAGGGCAGACGUGCAUCCACAUCGGAACCACCUCACGAGAGGCUAAUGAGGUACAUCUCCCGCCAUGUCCCUUGCGGGCGCCCUUGGCCUGUUUGUCGGGUCCCCAGGUAUAUAAAGAAGGCUCGUCAACCAACGUCUCUGAUUGUUCUUUUGUUUCGAUCCCCCAUCGUCUUCAGAAAGAUCCAUCCCGGUCACAAUCUCGCACUCCCCCCCCUUAAAGCAACUAACCAUCUGAUCGCGCUCCCGAGCCGCGAUCCCAUCAUCCGCCAAAACGUUUUCCAACCUACUCAACUCAGUCCAUCACCCGUACGCAGGAGCCCGUUGUUCUGCCUCGCCCGGAAGUUCAGCGGACUCGGUCUUUACCCCAUAAAAGACCGUCAACAGCCAAGAUAGCCAACCAACCACUUACCUGCACCUGAACAACCACCUUUACCGUCAACAUGACUACCAACGGUAUCAACGGCACCAACGGCGCUCAUGCCAACGGUGAUGGACAUAUCAACACCACCCCCAAGACUUUCGUUGUCAACUCCCCCAACGUAGUCUACACCGACGAGGAGAUCCGCUCCAAGUACACCUACCGCACCACCCUGUGCACUGUCGAGGGCGACAACUAUGUCGCCGUCCCCAAGGAGACUGUCUACGACUUCAAGGUCGACAGAAAAGUCCCCAAGACCGGUCUGAUGCUGGUCGGCUGGGGUGGCAACAAUGGCACCACCGUGACCGCCGGCAUCCUGGCCAACAAGCACAAGUACAGCUGGGCUACCAAGGAGGGUACCCAGGAGGCCAACUACUACGGCUCCGUCAUCAUGGGUUCCACCAUCAAGCUCGGCAUCGACGCCAAGGGCAAGGAUGUCAACGUUCCCUUCCACAACGUCCUUCCCAUGGUUCACCCCAACGAUCUCGUCAUUGGCGGCUGGGAUAUCUCCGGCAUGCCCCUCGACAAGGCCAUGGAUCGCGCCAAAGUCCUUCAGCCUACCAUGAAGGAGCUUGUUCGCGAGGAGAUGUCCAAGAUGGUCCCCCUGCCCUCCAUCUACUACCCCGACUUCAUUGCUGCCAACCAGGAGAACCGUGCCGACAACGUUCUCCCCGGCUCCAAGGCCUCCAUGGAGCACGUUGAGCAGAUCCGCAAGGACAUUCGCGAGUUCAAGGCCGCCAACGGCCUCGACAAAAUUAUUGUCCUCUGGACUGCCAACACCGAGCGUUACGCCGACUUGAUUGACGGCGUCAACGACACCGCUGACAACCUCCUCAAGUCCAUUGAGGCCGGCCACGAGGAGGUCUCCCCUUCCACCAUCUUCGCCGUUGCCUGCAUUCUCGAGAGUACUCCCUUCAUCAACGGCUCCCCCCAGAACACCUUCGUCCCCGGCGCCAUCGAGCUUGCCGAGAGACACGGUGCCUUCAUCGGCGGAGACGACUUCAAGUCCGGUCAGACCAAGAUGAAGUCUGCCCUGACCGACUUCCUCAUCAAUGCCGGUAUCAAGCUGACCUCGAUUGCGUCCUACAACCACCUGGGCAACAACGACGGCUACAACCUUUCCUCGCAGAAGCAGUUCCGCUCCAAGGAAAUUUCCAAGUCCAACGUGGUCGACGACAUGGUGGCCGCCAACAGCGUCCUGUACAAGGAGGGCGAGCACCCCGAUCACACCGUUGUGAUCAAGUACAUGCCCGCCGUCGGCGACGACAAGCGCGCCCUUGACGAGUACUACGCCGAGAUCUUCUGCGGCGGUCACCAGACCAUCUCGCUCUUCAACGUGUGCGAGGACUCCCUCCUUGCCUCGCCCCUGAUCAUCGAUCUCGUCGUCAUCACCGAGAUCAUGACCCGCAUCCAGUGGAAGGCUGCUGAGGCCGGCGCCGCUGCCGAGAAGGACUUCAAGCACUUCCACAGCGUCCUGAGCGUCCUCAGCUACAUGCUCAAGGCCCCCCUCACUCCCCCCGGCACUCCCGUCGUUAACGCGCUUGCCAAGCAGCGUGCUGCCCUUACUAACAUUUUCCGCGCUUGCGUCGGUCUCGAACCUGAGUCUGACAUGACCCUUGAGCACAAGCUCUUUUAGGCUGUCAAACGUCAAUCAUACACGGCUGCAAGCACAUUCUUGAGUGGAGGAUUUUGAGAUCUGAGCUUUUAGAUGGAGGGAUUUUGGGAUAAUGCGAGCCAGCCUGAGAGUCGCUGUUUGCAACAGCACAGCGUUAAUGGGAAAUUUUGAGAAAAUGGUUAAGAGCGGGUGAUAUGCUGCCAGGAGGGAAAUUAGAAAAGAAGAUCAUAGUUAGUAGCUUGAUCUUUGCUAGAUGCCUUGAAAGGUACAAUAAUGAACACCGUUCUUACAUGUGUGGUUUUGCUCGACCUUGGUGAUUGGUGUACGGUACUACUGUGGUGGUUGUUGACCGUGAUACAAACUCCUACCACAUAAACCACAACAUCUUGUCAUACUUGACUCAACAUUCUCAUCCUUGACAAUUACUUUUCCUCCUCAGGUACUAUCAUUCCACGUCCAUCAAGCGGUAACAUAUCAACCAUUGGAGUCACCAACGC